AUGUCCAUGGUCGUCGUCACCAAGAAGAACAAGGUCAUCAUCGACACCGACCCACGGAUCGAUGAUGCCAUGGCCAUCUUCGUGGCGCUGAGGUCGCCGGAGCUGGAGGUGGUUGGCCUCACCACCAUCUUCGGCAACGUCUACACUGCCCUUGCCACCCGUGACGUGCUGCACCUCCUGGAGACCGCUGGGAGGACCGACAUCCCCGUCGCGGAGGGUUCCCAUGUAACAAUCAAGAAAGCCACCAAGCUACGGAUUGCCAGCUUCGUCCAUGGUUUGGAUGGCCUCAACAACCAGAACUUCCAUCCGCCGGCCGGCAAGGCGGUGGAGCAGUCUGCCGCCGCCUUCCUUGUCGAGCAGGCGAACCUCUACCCCGGACAAGUAACCGUCGUCGCCCUCGGCCCCCUCACCAACCUCGCGCCGGCCGUCGAGCUUGACCCUUCUUUCCCCAAGAAGAUUGGGCAGAUCAUUAUCCUGGGUGGUGCUUAUUCAGUUAAUGGAAAUGUCAACCCUGCAGCUGAGGAAAAUAUAUUUGGCGAUCCUGAUGCGGCUGAUGUAGUUUUUACAUGCGGCGCUGAUAUUUUGGCCAUCGGAAUUAACAUUACGCAUCAAGUAAUCCUUUCUGGUAACUCUCUUGCUGUCCAGAGCUGUUAUUAUACCUUGAUCCCUUUACAAGAAUUCCCAAGUGAUAUUACCAUCCAAUUUGGGGAGAGCAGCUUCAACCUGCACAGGUUGAGGAGGAGAGAGCUUGUAGCUGGUUAUGGGUGGGAGCUCAUGUUCUCCCAUGGAGAGCCUGUUCGCACAAUCGAGGAGUCCAAAAAGAAGGGAGGAGGCACUCGUGCGGGCUGA